UUAAACAAAAUAGCCCACACACAUUCCAUUUGUAAGGAGACUUUCCCUCCCUUCCUCUCCCUCCCGCUUCACUCUUGGCUUUAUCGCUUUCUCUCUUCUUUCUUUUUCCUUCCCGUCUUGUUUCUCCUUUCCUCCAGCUUACCAUAGUCUUCCCAAAGAAAAGCCUCCCUUUGACCGCGAACCACCAUAAAGGGAGCAAACCUCCGAAAAGCGAAAGCCAAGCCCUCAGCGGGGCGUGUCGGGGUGGGCGCUCCCACCCCCCUUUUAGGGCGAGAAAACUGGACGGACAAGUUCAGUGUCCCCAGGAGACGGACGGAGGGUACCAGACCUGCUCACUCUGACAGACGGACUGCUCCUUACUGCGCAACAGGACCGCGGGAGAGCAGCCUCCCCUCAAGGGCCGAGGAGCCCGGCACUUUGAAAGCGCCCUCCUCGCACAGACCUGGGGAGAAGCGAGGGGUGCGAAGGCGGGGCCACUGCACUGGCGGCGCUCUCUCUAAAGUCCAGCCCGCGCCCGCCUUCCUACUACCUUAGGGAUUGGCACGGACGGCCGGGAUCACCCUCGCAAUGAAAGGCAGAUGUCCCUUUAAGGUUUGCUUCGCAGCCCGUGGACUUUAGCCUAAACAAGGACCCGCGAAGCUGGCUUUAUUUGUCCAUGUCUCGGACAGAGCCUGGGAGGCUGCCAGUGAGAUUUCAGAGCCCGAGAGCGCGAAGGGUAGGGCGAUGUGGCAAUCGGUCUGGGAUGUGAAAACUGUGGAGCGAACCUAGAGGCACUGGUCGAAAACACAGGAAAUCACUCUGCUGCAGCUCCCGGGCGCCGCGGCGGACGGGCCGGCGACGGAGACUCGCGGAGGUCGCAGUGGCCCAGAGCUACGCGGAUCCGCGCUUGGUUUUGCCGAGUCCUUCCCUCCGAUCCAGCGCGUCCCUCGGGCGCUGCGGCCGCUCCGGCCGCUCCGGCCAUGGCCCCCCGACGCCGCGCCAGCCCAGGGGUCGCUGUCGCCUGCUGCUGGCUCCUCACCGCAUCAAGGAUGGAUUGGAGGAGGCAAGACUGGAGGCAAGAAUGCAAGUUAAGAAAAUACUUAUUGGAAAAAUUUGUUCUAGGCUUCUGCGUAUCAUUCAAUGUUGAUGUGAAAAACUCAAUGACUUUCAGCGGCCCAGUGGAGGACAUGUUUGGAUAUACUGUUCAACAAUAUGAAAACGAAGAAGGAAAAUGGGUGCUUAUUGGUUCUCCUUUAGUUGGCCAACCCAAGAAGAGGACUGGAGAUGUCUAUAAGUGUCCAGUUGGGAGAGGUGAAUCAUUACCUUGCAUGAAGUUGGAUCUACCAGUUAAUACAUCAAUUCCCAAUGUCACAGAAGUAAAGGAGAACAUGACAUUUGGAUCUACUUUAGUCACCAACCCAAAAGGAGGGUUUCUGGCAUGUGGGCCCUUAUAUGCCUAUAGAUGUGGACAUGUGCAUUACACAACUGGAAUCUGUUCUGAUGUCAGCCCCACAUUUCAAGUUGUGAGCUCCAUUGCCCCUGUACAAGAAUGCAGCACUCAGCUGGACAUAGUCAUAGUGCUGGAUGGUUCCAACAGUAUUUACCCCUGGGAAAGUGUUACAGAUUUUUUAAAUGAUCUUCUAGAAAGAAUGGAUAUUGGUCCUAAACAGACACAGGUUGGAAUCGUACAGUAUGGAGAAAACGUAACCCAUGAGUUCAACCUCAAUAAAUACUCAUCGACGGAAGAGGUGCUUGUUGCCGCAAAUAAAAUAGUCCAGAGAGGUGGCCGCCAGACCAUGACAGCCCUUGGGAUAGACACAGCCAGGAAAGAGGCUUUCACUGAAGCCCGGGGUGCCCGAAGAGGGAUUAAAAAAGUCAUGGUGAUUGUGACUGAUGGAGAGUCCCAUGACAACUACCGACUGAACCAGGUCAUCCAGGACUGUGAGGAUGAAGGCAUUCAGCGGUUUUCCAUAGCUAUUCUUGGCAACUACAGGCGUGAAAAUAUAAGCACUGAAAAAUUUGUGGAGGAAAUAAAAUCAAUUGCAAGUGAACCCAUGGAAAAGCAUUUCUUCAAUGUCUCUGAUGAACUGGCACUAGUCACUAUUGUUGAAGCUCUGGGAGAAAGAAUAUUUGCCCUGGAAGCUACAGCUGACCAGUCAGCCGCUUCUUUUGAGAUGGAAAUGUCUCAGACGGGCUUCAGUGCUCAUUAUUCACAGGACUGGGUCAUGCUUGGAGCUGUGGGAGCCUACGAUUGGAAUGGAACAGUCGUCAUGCAGAAGGCUAAUCAAAUCCUAAUUCCCCAAAACACCACCUUUAAUGUUGAGUCUACGAAGAAGAAUGAACCUCUUGCUUCUUACUUAGGUUACACAGUAAACUCUGCCACUGUCCCUGGAGAUGUGCUCUACCUUGCCGGACAGCCGCGAUACAAUCAUACAGGCCAGGUCAUCAUCUACAGGAUGGAAGAUGGAGACAUCAGCAUUCUCCAGACACUCAGUGGAGAACAGAUCGGUUCCUACUUUGGCAGCGUUUUAACAACAAUUGACAUUGAUAAAGAUUCUAAUACUGACAUUCUUCUGGUUGGAGCCCCCAUGUACAUGGGAACAGAGAAGGAGGAACAGGGAAAAGUGUACGUGUACGCUCUGAACCAGACAACGUUUGAAUAUCAAAUGAGCCUGGAACCCAUUAAGCAGACUUGCUGUUCAUCUCCGAAGCACAAUUCAUGCACCAAGGAAAACAAAAAUGAGCCAUGCGGGGCUCGUUUCGGAACAGCUAUUGCUGCUGUGAAAGACCUCAACCUUGAUGGAUUUAAUGACGUUGUGAUAGGAGCCCCCCUGGAAGAUGAUCACGGGGGAGCCGUGUACAUUUAUCAUGGGAGUGGCAAGACCAUAAGGAAAGAAUACGCACAACGUAUCCCAUCAGGGGGAGAUGGCGAGACACUGAAAUUUUUUGGCCAGUCUAUCCACGGAGAAAUGGAUUUAAAUGGUGACGGUCUGACCGAUGUCACUAUUGGGGGCCUUGGUGGUGCUGCCCUCUUCUGGUCCCGAGAUGUGGCUGUAGUUAAAGUGACCAUGAAUUUUGAACCCAAUAAAGUGAAUAUUCAGAAGAAAAACUGCCGUGUGGAGGGAAAGGAAACAGUAUGCAUAAAUGCCACCGUGUGUUUUGAUGUGAAAUUGAAAUCCAAGGAAGACGUGCUUUACGAAGCCGAUAUGCAGUACCGUGUCACACUAGAUUCUCUCAGACAGAUAUCACGGAGUUUUUUCUCUGGAACUCAAGAGAGAAAGAUUCAAAGAAACAUCACAGUUCGAGAAUCAGAAUGCACUAAGCAUUCCUUCUACAUGUUGGACAAGCAUGAUUUUCGAGACUCUUUGAGAAUAACCUUGGAUUUUAAUCUUACCGAUCCAGAAAAUGGGCCUGUUCUUGAUGAUUCUCUACCAAAUUCAGUACAUGAAUAUAUUCCCUUUGCCAAAGAUUGUGGAAACAAGGAAAAAUGUAUCUCAGACCUCACCCUGGAUGUAUCCACCACAGAAAAGGGCCUACUUAUUGUCAAGUCCCACAAUGAUAAGUUCAAUGUUAGCCUUACAGUCAAAAAUAAAAAGGACAGUGCCUAUAACACCAGAACUAUAGUGAAUUACUCUCCAAAUCUAAUUUUUUCAGGAAUCGAGGCUAUCCAAAAAGACAGUUGUGAAUCCAAUCAUAAUGUCACAUGUAAAGUUGGAUAUCCUUUCCUGAGAAGAGGAGAAAUGGUAAUGUUCAAAAUAUUAUUUCAGUUUAACACGUCUUAUCUCAUGGAAAAUGUGAUCAUUCAUUCAAGUGCAACAAGUGACAGUGAGGAGCCGCCUGAAUCCCUUUUUGACAAUGAAGUAAAUGUUUCUAUCCCUGUAAAAUAUGAAGCUGGACUCCAGUUUUACAGCUCUGCAAGUGAAUACCAUAUUUCAAUUGCGGCCAAUGAGACAGUCCCUGAAGUUAUUACUUCUACUGAGGACAUUGGAAAUGAAAUUAAUAUCUUCUACUUGAUUAGAAAGACCGGACACUUUCCAAUGCCAGAACUGAAGCUGUCAAUUUCAUUCCCCAACAUGACAUCAGAUCAUUCUCCUGUACUGUACCCAAGUGGAUGGUCAUCUUCUGACAAUGCAAACUGCAAACCCAGUAGCCUCCAGGAUCCUUUUGAUAUCAACUCUGGAAAGAACACGAUUAUAUCCAAACCUGAAGAUCUCAAACGAGGCACCAUUCUGGACUGCAGUACAUGUAAAUUUGCAACCAUCACAUGUACUCUGAUUCCUUCUGACGUGAGCCAGGUGAAUGUUUCGCUUAUCUUAUGGAAACCAACUUUUAUAAAAGCACAUUUUUCCAGCUUAAAUCUUACUGUAAGGGCAGAGCUUCAGAGUGAAAAUACAUCAUUAGUUUUAAGUGCUGGUAAUCAAAAAAGAGAGCUCGCUAUUCAAAUAUCCAAAGACGGGCUGCCAGGCAGAGUGCCAUUGUGGGUUAUCCUCUUGAGUGCUUUUGCUGGAUUAUUGCUAUUAAUGCUGCUCAUAUUAGCACUGUGGAAGAUUGGAUUCUUCAAAAGACCACUAAAGAAGAAAAUGGAGAAAUGAUACAUUUUUGAAAAGAAAAAAAUUAUUCAAUGAUCUGUCCUCAGGUUUGCCUCAAAUAUGUGACAAGAAAUUUAUCAAUUCAGUUAAAGUCGUAGUCACAUAACUUAUGUAAUCCAUCAGGGAUUAAGCACUUGGAAAAUUACAGAUCAAGCAUGAUCCAGAAAUAAUACCUUAGUGAUAUAUUUUAUAAGAUGUUGAAAAAUAUUUUUAGAUAAUUACUCAUUUUUGUUGAGUAUUUAAGCAAAAUUUCAAUGUUUUGAAGAUGAAAAAUAACCUGUAAAAAUAUGCUUAUAUAUUAAAUCACCAUUCAAAGUAUUUAAGGGAGUCAUAAAAAGGUUUUUAUGAUUAUCACUGAAACAUUUACUUUCCAAACUAUGUAAAUUAAGCUUUUUCCAUUGAUUCCUGAUGGAUAUCCACAUUCAGCAUGAUAGUCAACAUUUUAUGUGCCAAGAAAGGAAUUACCUGAAAAAGGUCACUUUCCCCUGUUUAAAUGAGAAAAAUUUCCCAGGUAGAGUCUAUAUACAACAUGGACCAAAAUUGGAAGUAAAUCCCAGAGAAUACCUUCAGCGUCUUUUUGUUGGGUUCUGUACUUGGAAAGUUUUCUUUCCAAAGUGUUUAGUACAAUUGAGCUGAAAUUCUGUCUAGGAUGGAAAAUCAAAAUCGACUUGUUUAAAAGCCAGUGCACUGAAUGGGUUAAUUUAAGCUUUUACAGAACACACUUAAUUUUGAUAUUGAACUCUGAAACUCAGAACUCUUUUGUACUGAGAAAGCACAGCAGUUUUGUGUGGUAUAACUGACUUGUCAUGAAAAGUCACAUUGUGUGUGGGAUGUGCUAAAGUGGUUUCUGAAUGAAACAUGGCAACAUACAUGGAAUGCCACUGAAAUGCUGGUCAUCUUUGCCGGGCAGCUUUUGAGCAUUAGAAGUCCCAGGAUGUAACCGAAUGUAGGAGUUUUCUCAACUCCUUGGUACAUGGUUCAUUCAAACCCUCAAGCUGUGAGAGUAUGUUUAUUUUUCAUCUUUUUAAAGGUAUUUAAUUUUCCAACCACAUUUCUUAUUUUUAUGAAAAGGCAGUAUUCCAUUACAGUAUUGCAUUUCACCACAAAGCCAAUGCUUUUGGAGUGUGGCUUAUCAGUAUUUAAGGAGAUCUCCAGAAGUGUCUUUUGAAGGAUUUCAGGUUUGAAAACUCGCACCAAUAGAAAGACAUCACAGCUUUGUAUGAGCUUCUUUGUUCUUGAAGUAAUCAUUAUGGUGCAUUGGACUCUGCUGUAGCAUAAGCUCCUAGGUUGCUCCAUUUCUUAGGAAGAAAACAAUGAAUGAAUGAAUGUGUACGUGAACUACUGCUGUAAAAGGUGCUGAUACUGCAGCAGCAACGCCAUCUCUCCACCCAACUGACCGCAAGAUCGGAACCCACAGGUAUCCAGAAAGUCCUGGGCUCUGCUUUUCUCAAAAAGCAUCAAGUCAAUGAAGAAAUUAAAUGCCAUGGAUUUAAUUUUUAAAAACUAACUUCCAAGGAAUUAUCUGUGGACUCAGAGGCAGCCUACCUCAUGGCUCUCCACACCUACAUCUAAGAUCCUGAUGUCAAAGAUGGGCACCUGGGGAGUGCUGAGGUCAUGGGUAUCUGGAAGAAAGGCUAAAUCUUUCCAGAGAUUUGAUACCCUCUUGCUGGCCUGUCAUUGUUCAGAAACGUCCAGUUUCAUAAUCUUCUUCAUUCCCACCCUCAUCUCCAGGUUCACCAAUCAUUGUUUCCACCUGUUUUUUUUUUGCCCAACAAAACUCAUGUCUCUCUUAUUUGGAGUCACCAUGUUGCCCUGCUCUGUGCACGGUCUGCUCGGCAGCUCUGCUCCAAUCUCAGCACAUGCGCAGAAAUAACUCUACCAGAUAAAAUGUUUAAAAACGCACACAUGUUCUCUGCGACUGCGAGGCAAACGUUCACUGAACCAGGAGUGUGCACAUUUAAACUAAGUAUGUUGUUAACCCAAAGGGGAAAACAGGAAAGAUGGCAUUUUGAACUUGCCAGAAAACAGGGGAAGAGCUGUUUGGCCAGAUCAAAUGGCUACUAAUAAACCUGGCAUAGUUUUUAACAGAAGUCAUUCCUGGUGUUUAAGUAUUUAACGAGCCAGAUAUCCUACUUCCCUUGUAUUUGUCAUUGGUUGAGGUUUAUGUGCAUACGUGUCUGUGCUUCUGUGCCCGUGUGUGUAGAAACACACACGCACGCACACAUGCGUGGACACAAAUUGAACAAAAAAUACCUCAAUACCAAAUGACAGAGUUUACAAAAAAUAAACACAUAAAAGAUACACCACAAGAAAAGUUUGAUUCAUCCACUUUGCAUAUAGUUUUCACUUUAACUUUAGUGUACAUUGAUACAGCUAUCUAAAUAUCACAAAUGUAGAGGCUUUGAGUAAAAUAGUAAGUCAAUAGACAUCCCAAAUUAGCUUUGUACAAAUGUUCUAAAACAUAGUCAGCGAUUAAGAAAUAUACUAAAUCAUUUUAUUUUUUAAAAAUUGAAUAAGAAAAGCAAUAUUUAAGACUUUAUGAGUUUACUGGCUAAGUUAAAUUGCACACAAAAUUUCUUUUUUUUAACUUUGAUGUUUUUUAAAAUUAAUUAUUGCUUCCACUGUGAACUGAAUAUCUAUGAAGUCUCUUUCCAGACCAAGCUCACAAUGUUAUAUUGGUAAAUUAUUUAACAACUGGCUCUCCAGGAGGAAAAAAAUCAUUUGCCAAUUUCCACGUUCUAAGUAGUUUUGCUAUGGUCAUUUUCAAGCUAUCAACUUAACCCUAACCAGCUUGCAAAAUUCCUGAAAAUGUAUCUGUCAGCCCUUAUGAUCCAGUAUGAGCUGGCUUCAGCACACCAUUGAGAUAGAUUAGAAGACAAAGAUAGGCAGAUAGAUAUAAACAUAAUAUACACACACACACACACAAACAUGCACAAUACAGUCAUAUUUCGAAUUAUUCUUAAAAUGCUGAUCUCAAGCCCAGCAGACAUAAUGUUCAUGUGCCCGACACAGCGUGAGGCCAAACAAACCAAAACAUCAGAAUUUGCAGAUAAAGGUUUAUGGCAGGGCCAAUGCCCAGGAAAAUCCCAAACUCCCAGAAGGGUUUGAGCAAAGCCUACGUAAAGGCAAGGUGGGGUGGUGGGGGCAGUCAUCGCAGGGUACUUGCUCAGCUCAUGCAAAUUCCCUGAUGGGUUGAUGUGGAGGUAACAGGGCCAUCAACACUAUCAGCCCCUGGGCACCAGAAUGUCUGGAGGCCACGUGCUCACUGUCAUCAGGUAGUUCAUUCCUUCCCUUUGGUGGUGGUUUUUAGCAUCUGAAAAGCUCAGGAAAUAUGCAUGAGAUCCUAUUAUCUGGGUACUUCAGAGAAGAACUACAGCAGAGGGCAUGGGGGAGGAGUCUGUCCCAGGAAGGCCCAGCAGGGUCCUGCUGGGUUACAAUCGUGCUACAUAGGUCCCCAGUUUUCAAUUUCAAUUUCAAUUUCUAAAAUUAUAGCCUUCCUUUAAUAUUAAUAAAAACUGAUAUGAACUUGUGGGAAAAGGAAGGAGUUAAAAGCAAAAAAAAAAAAAAAAAAAAAAAAAAAAAAGAAACGUAAAGGGCGACACACAGUGAAAAUCAGACCUACACAGCCACCAAAACACUGUUCCACUUUCUCUAGGAGAUGGAGCCACUCUGUGAAAGGUCAUCCUUUGUAAAUAUUUGUAAUUUCUAUGAUCCAGUUUGAACUUCAGUGAUCCAAUUUGUUUAUUUUCUCCGAGCACUAGAUUCAUGGGCAGUUUAAUCUCUAAAUAUUAUCUGUGUCAUUAGUGGGCUGGAAAUGAAGCUUGUGGGAGGAGGUGUUUUUACCAAAUGUGAUGUUGACUCAACCAUAAUAAUUUGUACUUUUUACAAAACCAAUAUCUAGGCUCAUUUGGAAAACAAAUAUUCGCGCAAAAGCAAAAGAUGGUUGCGUAGUGCUUGAGGAAAGCUAUUUGGGAGGAGAUGCUAAGAGGAGCCCCAGCCACGUCUCUCCAGGCAGCCCGAGGGCCGCGGUGGCGCUGCGUGGGAGGCUGCCGGCCAGCUUCCACGCAGUGUGCUUUCUUACAGGAUCAUGUCUCCGACAAGCGUGUCCUAAUCCGCUCUGCGCGAAUUAACUGUCUUGCUCUGCCCGAUGGUGAGAAAACCAGGGCCGACCCUUGCUCAGGGCGUGGUGGGUGUGCUGGUGCCCUCACAUCAUUGCUCAGAAAAGAGGCUUCCAGCAAAUCAGCCUUUAAAAAAGAGUCUCCUACUACCCUCGCUGUUCUGCAACCCUUCUCAGUCCCUCUCCGUUAGUCUUCUUCCCCAGGGGAGGUUUUCGAGAAGCCUACCAGGGAAAAACUUGUUUAAAACGUGUGCUCUGCUGUCAACACCAGCUUCUGUGAUUUGAUCGUUUAUACAGGACUUCAGUCCUUGGUCCUUCUGUGGCCCUCUGAAGGGUUGGUAUGGAAUAAUGUAGUAGGGACAGCAUGAAAGGUGCUUCAGAGAUGGAACAUCUUUAAGAAAUUUACAGACCAUGGUGGGACACUGUCAGCAGCUACGCCAAUGCGGGGAAGCUGGCAAGAUUUAGCCCUUCAGUGGGUCUCCAUCAGCACCCCAUAAUCCCCAUUCUCACCCAUGGAACUAAUAAUCUAAAAAAUGAAAAGAAGAGCAUUAACAUCCUCAAAAUGAUGCUACUUUUUAAUUAAAAUAUACAGGUUAACUGUAAACAGCAGAAUUUUAAUGCAGACACAACUUGAAGGUGAAUCCGCUGGGCAACCCUUCCAAUCAGACUGGCAUCCUAAAUCCCUCCUUCCCAGAAACUCUGACACCACCCCUGGGGGUGGACUCUGCAGUGCAUGACCAAAAGCUAAGUGCAACCGUUUCCUGAAUGUGAGCACUGUUUGGCAACAUCUUAUGUAGAACAAUAAAAAGAGAGUUAAAAUCUAACAUUGUAAUCUGGUGAACAAGUCAGUAUUUUUGAUCCUCAUAUUAAAAUUUAACCUGGAAUUUAGAAAUUCUAAGUAACAGUCUUUAACCAUCAACCUUGAGGAAAAGUAAGGGAGCAAGUGUAGUCUCUUUAGCCCCAGCCCAGUUGCUACAUCUGGUGCCCAGGAGGUCCAGUUUUGAACUAAUGAGAAUGGCUCCUCUACCCCAUAUAAAUGCCCUGAGCUCCCCAAUCCACUACAUCCCAGAAUCAGCUCCCUCCAUCCCCAAUCAGGCACACAUAUAAACAUUUCUUGCUGAAAUUUUACCAUCCCCCCAAAAUAUUUAAAGAUGAGUUAUCACUUAUCACUUCUAAUGUUGGACUCCUUGCUUUGAGAUCAGCCUUUAUUUUCCUUUUUAAAUAUAUCAAAGCCUUUCUCCCAUAGCUAAUGAGUUCAGAACUCUACACAAGAGCUCCUUGGAUUUUCCUCCUGUCAGAGCCUGGAGAAUUUCAAUGCCAUGAGGACCAAGCAGUAGGACCUAGGGCCUAUUUGCAGGAUCUCUCUGCUUUCUGUCUUCCAGUUGCUUUCUUCUCAACUGUACAGUGGGAAUGUUUGACUCUGACUUGAGGCUUCCUUGGCAAGGCCAUUCUAAGCCUGGUGCCAUCCUGCAGGACCUUGAGGGCUGGAUGUUCCUUGUUGGUGAGUUGAGGCUUGGAAAUCCUUUCAUUAUAAGAAACACCAUGGAAAUCAUGGCAAUAUACUAGGCAGAUACCAGAGACACUCGUAACUGAUUAUGUUUGAUCUUACCAUAUUUCAAGUCACAUCUUGUUGAAAACAGACUGUCUGGAAUUUCAGGAGCUUGUCUGCAAUAGACUGAGACUCAAUGUUUAAUCUUUUCUUUCAGUUUGAUCUAUGCAUAGAGAUUGGGAACAAAAUUUUUAAAAGAAAUCUUCCAAAUGACAGAAUGAAAGGCAGGUCUCCUCUUGAACCGCCCCCUACUGACAGUCCCUCUCCCCACCCUCAUUUUUAAGAGGUAGAAAGAGGAUUGGAUUGGAAAAGUGAGUGGCACAAUUGCAUUUUUCUUAUAUAGAGUAGCCAAGCAGAAGGGGUCACCACACAACACACUACGGCUUUCUGAGAGAUCUUCGCAUCAUAGGUCCAGUGACAGGUGACAGUCUUCCUGUCAUGUCCCCAAGGCAUCUUGCAUCUUGGGAGACAGAAGAAAAUUGGAGGAGGCGGACGGGGUGGGGUGGAGGGAAGAUGAAGCUGUCUGUCUUUUAUGUAUAUACCCUUACUCUUCAAAAUACUGUAAGCUCCCUUAGACCGCAUCAUACCCAGCCGCAAUACUAACACACAUACUUCACACAAGUAAAUUGUUGAUUAAAUAAGAGUAAAAGCACAUUCUUAUCUGUCUACUAACUAGAACUAAUUUCCUGGAGUUUAACAUACUUUGGCUCAAGUAAAAACAAUCAUUUGAAGCAACAACAGCUCAGAUCUUCUUCAUGCUAGAAUCAUUUCACACAGUACAUCCGGAUACUUGGUGUUUAAUUGAGAGACACUCCUGCCCUUAUCCAGGAUGCAGCAGCCACCCUCUGCUUUCCUUUUAAGGGAACAGUGGCCUGUAAGGAGACUGGCAGACUGCAUAUUACUACUGUGGAGUUGUAAAACUGUUAAUGGACAGUGUAAAGCAUUGUAUCCAUUUUAUUAGAAUGAAAAAUAUUGUAUAUAAUAACUACUGCCCCAAAACAUGUAUCAUACUCCUCGCUCCAAUAAACUUUUCUGCAGAAUCUAACGUAAAGUACAUUCAUUGCUUAUUUUUGUAUUUACCUCGGGAUAAACUCAUUAAGAGCAUGUGCGUUUCUGCAAGACUUUAAUUGGACAAACUCAUUGGAAGAAAACGUUUUGAUUGCAUUCAAAAACAAAGAAGCACAAACUUUGUUGACUCUAAGAAUUUAUUAAGUGCCUAAUAUCAACCCAUUUUUUAAAAAGAAAUCAGUUAUCAGGUAGCAAUGAUUUAAGCUGAUAUAAUUAGAAGUAGCUGAGAAAGUAAAGAGUGUUUUGAAUGUCCUAUGUACGGUGCAUCCUGUACACUGACUUGGGGUCAGAGGUCUGAUAUUUUUGUAUAACUGUAUCUUAUCUUGUGCCUCAGCUGUGUAUUUUACGUCAAGGUAAAUGAGCAUCCUGUCUUACAUGUUAAAUAAAAAAAUGACUCAAAGAAGAA